GUAUUUUUAAAGCUGUAGUUAGGCUGAGUGGUUAAAUAGGGGAUCCCAUUUCUGACACACUUUUGGCGGUUCUGUACGGAUUAAAAGCGUGGUUUCUAAUUUAGCUUCAUUUUUUCAAACAUACAUAGUUGAAUUCCAUCCUAAAUAUGUCGGGUAUAGCACUUGGUCGUCUAGCUGAAGAAAGAAAGGCAUGGAGGAAAGACCAUCCAUUUGGUUUUGUAGCACGUCCAACUAAAAAUACUGAUGGGACUUUGAAUCUCAUGAAUUGGGAAUGUGCGAUCCCGGGUAAAAAGACAACACCGUGGGAGAAUGGAUUAUUUAAAUUACGAAUGUUAUUUAAAGAUGAUUAUCCAUCAUCACCACCAAAAUGCAAAUUUGAACCACCUCUUUUUCACCCGAAUGUCUACCCUUCAGGAACUGUUUGUUUAUCUCUACUAGAUGAAGAAAAAGAUUGGAGACCAUCUGUAACAAUUAAACAAAUUCUUCUGGGCAUACAGGAACUCUUGAAUGAGCCCAAUAUCAAAGACCCUGCUCAAGCUGAGGCUUACACAACUUACUGUCAAAACAAAGUUGAAUACGAAAGAAAAGUUAGGGAACAAGCGCUCAGAUUUCGGGAUCCAGCCCUAUAA